CGUAAUCGCCCCUGUAAUCAAUAACCAGUUUCCAUCUUUAUAUUGCGCGUCACGUCUAAAGAGAAAGCCCCUUGUUGUGACGUCAGGCUCCCACCACGAGCUUUAUUUUAAAAGCCCGGAAUGAUUUACGGUCUAAAAACACACGGGGCGAUCCGGGAACCUGCCCAGCGGAAAGCCUUUAGUUAACUGUAAAGCGAAAAGGACGGGAGAAGACACCGGCGCUCCUCCGUGCGUCUUUACGCCCGAUGCUUGGCGAAGCGCAGAAUCGGGUUCACCGUGCGUAUACGCCCACAUACUCAAGUCGGCUCUUCUUUCUUUAGGUAGAUGAAAGUUUGCUAGGAGGGGGGACGGCAGACGAGAUGAUAUCUGACCAAGAUGAGUCGGAAAGGUGAACUUGAAUAAGAAAAAGUGCGCGUCAAACCACCUGUUACAAAUCUGCGAGAAAUGGGCAUGCUUAGCGUCGACCUCCUAGUGACUUUGCAGAUCUUGCCAGGUUUCUUUUCCAACUGCCUGUUUUUCGUGCUGUAUGAUUCGGUAGUGCUGGUGAAGCGCGUGGUAUCACUCCUGAGCUGCUCGGGCUCGACGGGUGAGUGGCAUCGCAUGUUGACCACGGCCGGUGUGCGCUCCGUAUGGAACAGCUUUCUACUGGAUGCCUACAAACAGGUGAAGCUGGGAGAGCCUGCUCCAAACUCCAAGGUGGUGAAGGUUCAUGGCAUAAACAGAUGCUGGAGCAUCGGUGGUAAGAGCCCUGACAAGUGCCACCUGCUGGACUUUGAGUCUCCCAACCGCCCAUUAGUGGUCAACUUCGGCUCGGCCACUUGACCCCCCUUUAUAAGCCAGCUGCCGGUCUUCCGGCGGAUGGUUGAGGAAUUUUCAGACGUGGCAGACUUCCUGCUCGUCUACAUCGAUGAGGCUCAUCCCUCGGACGGCUGGGUAGCACCUCCCAUGGAGCCCUAUUCGUUCGAAGUGAGGAAACACCGUAAUUUGGAGGAGAGGAUGUUGGCAGCCCGUAAACUUCUGGAGGUUUUCUCCUUGCCCCCUCAGUGCCAACUGGUGGCGGACUGCAUGGACAAUAACGCCAACGUAGCCUACGGUGUGUCUUACGAGAGGGUGUGCAUCGUACAGAAAAACAAAAUCGCUUACCUCGGGGGUAAGGGUCCAUUUUUCUACAACCUUAAAGAUGUUCGCCAUUGGCUCGAAAAGAGUUACGGGAAGUGAAUGUUUUUCGAAAAAAAGUCAAAUAGCCUUUUCUGUGAAUGCUAGAAGAAUUUAUUUUUGUAUGAUGGACGGAAAGGAGGAUAAGGUGCUUUCAGAGACUGUUUAAAGGUGGCUCCAGUGGAAACACUUGGGCUGGGCUCCAAGUCAUUUUUUUUCUUGAAUUGUUUAAAUUGAUCAGCAGGUGUCCUGGGUGGAGUUCAACAUUCCUAACCACUUUACAAUGAAAUGAAUAUAGACACUCAAUACUGACAUGUGGUUUGCACUUCCAUUUUGAGACGAUUCGUUGAUGCACUAUUAAUACCUUGUUCCUUCGCGAAAUAAUGUCGAGUUUGAAUGUGCAAUAUUUGUAUGCGACGUAACGGAUCUCGCUUAUGAACGUAAACCAAAUUGCUGAACGGAAGAGAAAGCACAAGCACCCAGCUUUUUUAUAAAAAAAGAGAAUAAUUUAUUUUUAUUGACAUUCAAUGUCUUAUUUUUAAUAUGUGGCCUGUUUAUGCGGUUGUAACGUUUUUCCUUCCCCUGUCGUAAAAUGACAAUCAUUCAUGUUCCAUUAGCCAUUACAUCCCUGAUAUGCUGUCCAGUACGUUUCACCAGUAAUCACGGAUAAAUCACUCAUUACUGUACAAAGAAAACAAUUUCAUUUCACCGUUCUUGGUUAAGAACUGUAACUUUUCAUGAAUCCAGUAGUCCCAGCUGUCUAGUUUGGACACUUUGCUUUUACUGCAGUGUACAGGAAAACUGAUGUAAAGUGGCUGUUUUACUCCUGAACGUUAGAGAAGUGUUUUCGAAUGUUUGGCUAGAACUGACUCUGACGGAUUUACAGUCAUUCGCUUGGAUCGAUACAGUGUGGGUGUGUGCAUGAAAAUCCCAGACGAAAUGGUCGCCGGUCCUGUCUGUGGUUGGAUGAGAGACCACACCUCUCUGCUCUGAUCCAAACGACUAUGACUGUUAACAUGCUGAAACGAUCACUCUGAAUCUGUUUGAGAAAGACUGUUUCCAUGUAGUACAACUGAUUUCUUCCUUUUAAUAAAUAAAAGGCAAGAAAAACUGCUGAGCUGCUGCUCGAAUGAUUCCUUUCCCUUUUUU